AUGGAAAAUUAUAAUUUCUCAGCUUUGUCUAUAUCUAUAUAAACAGAUACUUAAUCAUCAUAAUCAGAUUAAUAAUUGAAAUUUAGCAGUCCUUUAAAAUCAGAGAAAAAUAAUUUUGUAGAUUUAGAUAAUCAAAAAGAAAAUAAUGAUUCUGCUAAUUAAUCAUAAGUUGAAGUUUCUAUUUAAAAAGAUUGCUAAGAAAAAGUAGCUUAGACUUCAGAAUAAAAAUCUAAUAGCAUAUGUGGAUCCUAAUUAAAAUAGACUAAAGCAUCAUAGAAUAAAAAGAGAUUAGUAAAGAGAUGUUAAACAACAAUUUUAAUUGGAUAAUCAAUUCAUAAACACAAUUCUUAAAAGGCUGAUAAAUAUUUUAUGAAAAAAAAUAACUAAAUUAUAGAAACAUCAUUUGAAAAAUUAAAGGUUAAGAGAUCAAAUUUUUCUGGAAUAUUUCUUACAAAUUUAAGGUAAUAGUAGAAACCAAUUCAGGUUCGUUAUUUUCGAUCUACAAUAACAAAAGUCCUAGUGAUUGAAUAAGACAUGUUAGCUGCAGAAUUUAUUGUUUUAGCUUUAACAUAGUUCCAAAAUGAUAGCAAAUUAGAUUAAUCUUUGUAUGAAUUUCCAAAUUACAGUUUAGCCUAUUAAAUUGAAGGUUAGGAUGAUUAGUAAGAUUUGGAUGAAUUUUCAUAUCGUCGACCACUCUAAAGAUACAAAAGUUUUGGAUCUCUUGAAGACAAAAUGAAAUCAAGAAGAGAAAGUUUAGAUGAAAUAAAUUAUGAUUAAAAACCAGUUUCAUAGGCUGAAAUUUCAUUAUUAGCUGAUGAUAUUGAUGAUAAAAUUAUUUAAAUUGAUUUAGAAUCUCCAAUGCGUUAUUAUAAAUCUGUUGAUAUUGUACCAAUAUUAGAUUAAAAAUAGUUAGAUAUUGAUUUGUAGAUGGUUAAGAUUUUACAUCAAUAACUUCCAAAUCAUAUUCUUAUUCUUAUAGAGGAACCUAUAAGUUAAGGUAGAUUUCAUAUAAAGAUUCGACCUAAUCAAUUGGUCGAAGAAUUAUUUAUAGAAUUAAGUAGAAAAGCCAAUAAGAAAUAUAGGAGUACUGAUUAUUAACUAAUUUUAAAAUAUCCUUGUAUUCACAUGAGUAAGGAACAAAUUAAUUUAAAGAUGCCUAUCAAUAAAUUACCAAUUCAUUAUUUGGUACUUACUUCAAAAUUUUAAAAUGAAAUCAUUCGUUCAUUAAGAUAAUGUAAUGAUAGUUUUACUGUUAAUAUUAAUAAAGAUACAAUAUUCUCAAAAAGUGCAAAUAAAUCAUAUAGAUUUUUGUAAGAGGAAGGAAAAAUGUCUGAUAGCGUAGAUAAAGUUCGAAACUAAUAUUCGUAUUAAGAGUAUUAAUUAUUAAAAAUUGAUAAAUAAUUUAAAAAUAAUGUGAUUUUAGGAAUUGAUUAUUUCGAUUUGUAUUAUACUUACACCUAAGAGAGACAAAGAUAAUUUUCUUUAGGAAAACUUUGCAAAUCAAUUUCUUAAAUUUUAUUUGAAGAGCCAUUAAUACAAAAAGAUUAUAGGAGAUUGCCUUUAAAUAAAAUAUAAAAUGUUGAAUUGACAAAAGAUUUUAAUUUGAUAAUAGUUUAUGAGAAAAGUCAAAACUAUAGAAAAUAGCUACAUUUUGGAAUAGAUUUAAAUUAAGAGAAAUCAAAAAUAGAUUUACAAUAGAAAUCUAUAAUGAAUGCAUGCAAUAAAUUAGAAUAUUUAGUGGAUUUAUAUAUAAAAUAUAAAUAACAAUUAUGA